UGCUUUCUUCUACCUUGGACUACUUGUCCCAAGAUGCAGUUCCGCCUCCCAGAUUCCCUAGUUACUAUCUCUAAGCACUAAAGUCGGUGUUUGGAGAAAGGGACUCAGGUGAGGACUGGAGGGAGGAUGAAGCGGAAUAAUGGUUUCCGGAGCGUGGAAACGGGCCGGAAGUGACUAGGAAGAAAGGUUAAGGGGCGGGCCGAGAGUGCGGGGCACGAAAGGUGUCCUUCACCCACUUGCAGAAGCGGUGAGGGGCAGAGAAUCAGCGAUCUACCAGCCGCUCCCUGGGCCUCCAAGGGAAGGGAAUCUACAUGGCCUGCUCCAGGCAAACUGAAAAAUAGGCUUGUAGCCUAACAGAUGAGACAGACUAUAAACAGGAAGUCUGUAAGGCAGUGUGGUGGAAGAAUAAUACCAUGAUGGAGGAAGUGCACAGUGUUAUGGGAGAACAUAGCAGUGGCAUCUGACCAAUUUAAAGGGAAUCCAGGACAGCUUUCCGGAAGCUGAGCUUAUCAAAGUUUUGGCUUUGUUGCAAGAGCAGGUCAAGAUUUAACUUUUCUUCAGUGAGCAAGUGUGCAGAUUGUCAAAUAUGUCAGUUCAUCAAAUAAGAAAACGUGCAGUUCUCCCACCUAUCAUUUGUAGAAGUGACAAGGAAUUUUUGGAAAGUAUGCAAAGAUACAUAAUUACAGAAACUGAAAGACUGGGCUGUAAUGAGGAAGGACCUGCUGAUGAAUAUUACAUCAUAUACCGAAAUGUUUUUGAUAAGGCACCCACUGUUUCUGUUUUCUUCUGUUAUCCUUCCAGAGAUUUUCUGUGCCUAAACACCAUUUGAAGCCAUGAAUGUAUAGUGAUGAGGGAUUUUUUACAGUUGCACAUGACAUCCUGGGAUUAGAAAUGCAAUUAGAUAUUGAGAAUAUUGAUGAGCCAAUAGGAGCUGAUGGGUUAGAAAAAUAAGGAGGUGAAGAGAAUCUAGGAUUUUAAGGUUUAAAUGAAGUUAGAGACUAGAUUUGGAGGGAGUAAGAGAAGAUACAGAAUUAUAUUUAAAAGAUUCAGAAUUGGGAAAAUUAGAACUAGUAUUAGUUUUAACUGAAAUCAUAUAAUGUAUGUGUUCAUACCAAGUAGAACAAAAAUGUGGUCAUUUUUUCCUCUCAUAUUUAAACUCCACAUUAUCUACCAUAAUGUUCCACAAAGAGCACAUAUUUAGUAAAUAUUGCCUUUAGUGUCCAAUUAUGUUUGAGCUUGCUGUAAAGUUUAGAUUUCUAAUUGCUAAUCAUAUUUCAUUUUUAAAAUAAUCUAUAAUGUUAUUUGUGAGAAUUUCAAUCCAUAGUCUUCUAGAAAAAAAUAUCAAUACCAUAGGCAGAAAAAUAAUAUUUCAGGUAAUAGAGCAUGUCACUGCAUACAAAUCCAUUCUUACUUCAAUCAAAAAAGAAUAUGAUGCCUUUAUUGAGACAAUAAAGAAAGGCCGAAGAACUGCAUUUUGUCUUCAUGGAAAACUUAAAGGUUUGGCAGCAGAGCCUACAGCUUUGGUAUAUCACAGGAAAAGAACAAUCCAACUUGAAGCAAAAAUGAGGAUUAUUGAAAAUAAUUCCUCGAAGAUUCAAUCUCAAAUAGAUCAAAUCAAGCAGUCUAGGGCAGCGUAUGACACGAAAGAAGUAAAAUAUUGUACUUUCUCCAAAGAUCCUUCAAAACCUAUUCCAGGCAUGACUCUCCAAGAAUCCAUGAAUCUAGAUGCUCUCACUAAAUACAUGAAACAUCUUGAAGAUAAAUAUGCAGAAAUUAAACAAGCUAUGUUGAUAAAAUAUGUGCCAGCUCAGAGGAAGUCUGAUUUAGAUGAAGAAAUGAUUGUGUUAUUAAAACGGCGAGAUGUAGCUGAAAAUCUGAACAGAAAGUUACAGUUUUGUCAUCAAAGACUGCAGAUAAUUUCACAGGCACUUACUUCAUGGGUAAAAUCUGAUAUGAGCAGCCCAUUUCAAGACUUUGUGGAGCAAAUUCAGAAAACCAAAUAUUUACAAGGUGACCAAGGCAUUGUUGAAGAACUAAUGGAAGAUGAUCCACACAGGGCAAAAGAAGCUGAAAUUAUGCUUCACUACAUUGAAAGAUUUAAUGAGUUAAUCUCACUUGGUGAAUAUGAAAAGGCAGCUUGUUAUGCAGCAAACAGUCCUAGAAGAAUUCUUCGAAACAUUGGCACAAUGAAUACAUUUAAGGCUGUUGGAAAAAUUAGAGGAAAGCCUCUUCCACUACUCUUAUUUUUUGAGGCCCUCUUUAUCACAAGUCAUGCUUUUCGAUGUCCUGUUGAUGCAGCUCUAACCCUGGAAGGAAUCAAAUGUGGAUUAUCGGAAAAACGGUUAGAUUUAGUUAUCAAUUGGGUUACACAGCAAAGACUGACAUUUUCUGAGGAGGCUGGGGAUGUGAUUUGUGAUUAUGGGGAGCAGGAUACUUAUAACAAGGCCAAGUGCCUGGCUUUAGCUCAGAUUAUCUACAGUGAAUGUGGCCUGCACAAGAAAGCUAUUCUUUGCUUGUGUAAACAGGGUCAGACUCAUAGGGUCAUGGAGUACAUACAGCAGUUCAAGGACUUUACUACCGAUGACCUGUUGCAGCUAUUAAUGUCAUGUCCCCAAAUUGAAUUAAUUCAGUGUCUCACUAAAGAGUUGAAUGAGAAACAAACAUCUUUAUCUUUUGGUCUUGCCAUACUUCAUCUGUUCUCUGUAGAUAAGAAAAAAAUUGGCAUUAAGCUACUUCAAGAAAUAAAUAAAGGUGGGAUAGAUGCAGUAGAAGGUCUUAUGAUAAAUGAUUCAUUUUGCUCCACAGAAAGGUGGCAAGAAGUGGCAAAUAUAUGUUCACAGAAUGGCUUUGACAAAUUAUCUAAUGACAUCAUGUCUAUUCUUCGAUCUCAGGCUGCAGUUACAGAAAUUUCUGAAGAGGAUGACGCAGUUAACCUAAUGGAACAUGUGUUUUGGUAGUUCUAUAUCUUAACCAGCUGAGGGAGCUUGUACAACACUUUAUGUAUGCUGGUUGGGCAAACUGAUUUUAACAUAACUAACUUAUAAAUAAAUUUAGAGUAAGCUCUCAGAAAUAAAUCACACUUUUGUUAUGAUGACAUUUGGAUUUGUCUUUGAAAUAUUUAUACUAUUGCUUCCUUUUUCCCAUAUGGUCAUUUCUUAUAUUGAAUCUUGAUAAAAUCCAAGAUUAUAACUUUGUGCGAAACAGUGUAGGCAUUUUUAUCUAAGGACAUAAGCUAAUGUCCAGAUAUAUUACUUUCUGGUGAUGUAAUAUGAUAGCAAGAACUAAAGAAGGUGCAGGUAGUAUCCUGUAUAUUAGACUGUCUUCCCAAAUGUGAAAUGCUACAAGCCUGACUUGACAAGAAAAGCAGGAUAUCAUUUCAAGGUUGGACUUGCUGGCAAAAACCUGGAGUACAGUAAUUUUGUAUUGCUGAUUUAAAGAUGUGCCCCAUGCUUUGAUAUAUAUAAAUAUGGCAAAGCUUAAGCUUCUAGUAUAAAAGCUGGGAAUCUUGGCAUAUUAUUACUUAGAGAGAGGACCAGUCAAAUUUUGCAUAGAAGUAGACCUGUGAUACCUAUAGGUAUGGAAAAUAUGUCAUAAGAAGUGGUUUUGGAUGAUUUCAAGUAUCUGAAUAAGUAUUUGAUUGAAAAUUCCGAAAGUUCUGUGCCGUGGACUGUUGUAAUAUUUAAAAUAUUUAAUGAUUAGUAUGGCAUGGGCACAAAUCGAACAGAACAGAUACCUGAUUAAUCAGAACAGCCUUUAGCCCUUAUACCACACCAGAGCAUACUAGCUAAAUGUUAGCCUGGACCAUGGAACAUGGUUAAAAUGAGCUGCUGGCUGGGCGGGGUAGCUCAUGUCUGUAAUGCCAGCACUUUGGGAGGUUGAGGCAGGAGGAUCACUUGAGCCCAGGAGUUUGAGACCAGCUAGGUAACACACUGAGAUCCCGUCUCUGUUAUUAAAAAAAGAAAAAAAAUUUUCAAGUAAAAAAUGAAAAUGAGCUGCUAUUAGAAUAAGAGCAAAGAGCAUAACUUUUCCCCUCCUAAACUUAAAUUGCAUAUGUAUUUUUAUGUUAUAGUGGAAAGAAGAUGAACAGGGAGUCAGACAGCUUCAUAUUAAAAUUCUGGUCCUACCUCUUACUCAUUUAUAAAAUAUGGGCAGUCCUCCCUUAGGCUUGUUUUGAGGAUUAGUGAUAAUGUAUGUGUAGUGUAAGUGUAUAACAUGAUAGAGGAACUUAGUAAAAGAUAGCUAUAAUUCUUUUGUAAUAGGCCCCAGAAACACACAUUUCUCUACUUAGUUUGUACUUACUAAAUCCCAUAUGUCUAUUCAUUUGUAUUUAUAUGUUUAUCCUUCUUUAAAGUAUUUGAUAUAUUGGUACAACUUACUGCUGAUAUUAUCUGUCCACGCUUGUAUUAGGGUUGCCUGGCUUAUUUUAUAAAUUCAGAAGCAUUCAAGCUGAGUUUUUAAUUUUUCCAUUUGGUGCUAAACAGAGUACUGGAUAAUUAUAAUUCAGCUUUCUAAAACAUAGCAUUUUUAAAGUAAUACAUGUGCAUAGUUUAAAAAGCAAUUUAUUACUAAAAGACUUAUCAAAAUAAUAUUUUGAUUUUUGGCCUUCAUGCUAGCUGUUGAAAAGAGCAGAUAAAGGAUGGAAAAAAGGAAUGGAAAGGGAGAAGUAUUUCAGCAGCACUGGUUCUUUGUGUACCAAUGGCUUAAAACCUUUUUUUUUUUCUUUGAGACCUAUAUGAUUGAUAGAAAGCUAUUAUGUGUCCGUUGACAGAGCUUAGAAAAAACAUGUCUCCAUGAAAGCCGGGAGGAUGAAGUAGGUAUGUAAAUCUAGAGAAAGCUUAAACAGCCGUUGUUGUUCUUCAUUUCUAAUUUUGCCUUGUUUUUCCUUUGCUCAUUAUUACUCCUUCUCAGCUAGCAUUGCCGUUGGCAGCUUUCCCAAGGAAAGCGAAAGUUGUUAAGUGAAUAUAAAUUAAAAUGCCUGGUGAUGGAAAAUGGAGUUGGGAGGAAGAGCAAGAUUAUAAAGUUAAAUGAGAAAGGAGAAAGAAUUGAGUUGUGAGCUACAGAGAGCUUUGAAGCUGUCAGAGCCUCCGUGUAAGCUACACUGAAGGAGGUAUCAUCUGGGCCUCAGCACAGAAACCUGCAUUCUAGACCAGCCCCACCACUGUCUAGCUACGUCCUUUUCCUCAUGCUUAAGAUAAAUUUAUUUUGACUAGAUAACUCGUCUUGUCAUUUCCACCUCUAAAAUUCAGUAAUUCUGAAAAGGUAAAAAUUAUUUCCUAAUGCUUCUUGACCUUCAGCCUAAAUUUGAAAUACUACAAUUCAAAAUCAGCAUCAACAACAUCUACUGAAUACCUAUUUUGCAUACAAUUUCUGCUAGCAAAAUUACAACUUCAAUGGAAACACACAGCAUAUUUUAAAAGUUACUACUAAUAAUUCCUUAGCAUUAUCUAAUAGUCCAUAUUCAAAUUUCACCAGUUGCUUAAAAAUGCCUUUUAACAUUUGAAUUGUUCCAAUGAAGAUUUAACCAACGUUCGUGUGUUCCAUUAGGUCUUGCUGUCUUGAGCGUGUCUUCUCUCUUUUUUUCUUCUUGCCAUUGAUUGCUUUACAUAGCAGUUGCAUAGCAAGAGCCAUGAUGAAGUAAGUUUCUCUGAUUUCACAUUAGGUUUUCUUUCUACCAUACCAUUGAGGAAAGGAAGGUAUUUUUUCCAAGAUUUAAUUGUAACUAGUUACAUUUUUGUUUAUUGUAGUCAUGCAUGUAUCAGAAUGAAUUUCUGUUAAAUUCAUUCAUUUGGAAAGGUUUAGAGACGUUCUGAAACAGAAAUCUAAUCUAAUGAAAAAAAAUUUCUUAAUAUUUAGAACUUUCCCUAAAUCCUGAAUUAACUAAGAAAUGACCAUUAAAUUAAUCACUUUUUUAACUUUAAAAGAUGAAAAACUGAUACUUUUUAGGUGCCUGGAAUUCUGUUGGAUUGCUAAAGCAUAUGUUAAGUCAAAAAUCAUAGCAGAGGCCUUAUUAUUUUUUUUAACUUUGUACAUUUCAUAGAAAGCUCGUAUGUUUCUUCCAUUCUUUCUCAGAAAAAAACAGCAUUUAACAAAUGUUUGGUGUAGCACUACUGAAAAUAUAAAACUGUCAAUUUGCUAGUAGUUAUAAUUUGUUGUGUUCUUGAAUAAAAAUAUACUGGAUACAUAAAAAA